AUGGUCCAUCUAGUCAAUGUCCCAGUGGCUGAGCCAGAAAGAGCUGGUGAAACCGCCCCAAGAAGAAAUGCUAAAUUAAAAGAUCAUACUCCAAUCAAAAGACCAGUCGGUUAUAAAGCAAACACAAUCUAUGAAUUCAUGUUGGAAGCUUUCAACAAAGGUGGCGAUCGUCAUGCAAUCGGUUACAGAGAUAUCGUUGAAGUCCAUAAAGAGAAGAAAAUGGUUAAAAAGAUGGUUGAUGGUGAAGAACAAGAGGUUGAAAAAACUUGGUUAUUUUAUGAAUUAACUGAUUAUAAAUAUGAAUCAUAUAAACAAUUGAACAAAUAUGUUCAUGAUUAUGGUCGUGGUUUGAUUCAAUUGGGUUUGAAACCAAGUGGUGAACAUAAACUACACAUUUUUGCAUCAACUUCUCAUAAAUGGAUGAAAACAUUCUUAGCUUCUCAAUCUCAAGCUAUUCCAGUUGUUACUGCUUAUGAUACUUUAGGUGAAAAAGGUUUAACAGUUUCUUUAACUCAAACUGAAUCAAAUGCUAUCUUUACUGAUAAUCAUUUAUUAAGUGCUUUGAUCAAUCCUUUACAAAAAGCUAAAGAUAUCAAAUUCAUUAUCCAUUCAGAACCAAUUGAUCCAAAGGAUAAAAGACAAGAAGGUGAAUUAUAUCAAGAAGCUAAAUCUGCAGUCGAUAAGAUCCUUGAAGUUAGACCAGAUAUCAAAAUCGUAUCAUUAGAUGAAGUUCAUCAAAUGGGUAAAGAUUCCCCAGAUACUCCAGUUAAUCCACCAUCAGCUUCAGAUCUAUCAUGUAUUAUGUACACUUCAGGUUCAACUGGUGAUCCAAAAGGUGUUGUUUUAACACAUGAAAAUAUUUUAUCUGGUGUUGCAGGUGUUUCUUUUAUUAUUGAUCGUUCAUUAAUUAAUGAAAAAGAUCGUAUCAUUGCAUUUUUACCAUUAGCUCAUAUUUUCGAAUUAGCUUUUGAAUUGAUUGCAUUUUAUUGGAAUGGUACAAUUGGUUAUGCCAAUGUCAAGACUUUAACUGAUACUUCAACUAGAAAUUGUUCAGGUGAUAUUAAAACUUUUAAACCAACAAUCAUGGUUGCAGUUGCAGCUGUUUGGGAAACAAUUAAAAAAGGUAUUAUGGCACAAAUAGCUAAACAACCUGCUUUAACUCAAAAAUUAUUUUGGGGUUGUUAUAAUUAUAAAUUGAAAAAUUGGAAAGUUCCUGGUUCAACUUAUUUAAUUGAUAAUUUUAUUUUCAAAAAAGUUAAACAAGCAACUGGUGGUAAUUUAAGAUUUGUCUUGAAUGGUGGUUCGCCAAUUUCAAAAGAUACUCAAAUUUUCAUUUCAAAUCUGUUAUGUCCAAUGUUGAUUGGUUACGGUUUAACUGAAACUGUUGCUAACACUACAGUUGUUCACCCAGAUGAUUUUGAAUUUGAUGUUCAAGGUGCCCUAAGUGGGUCCAUCACUGUUAAAUUAGUUGAUGUUGCAGAUGCUGGUUAUUAUGCAAAGAACGAUCAAGGUGAAAUCUGGAUUAGAGGUUAUCCAGUUACUCCAGAAUAUUACAAGAAUGAAAAAGAAACUAAAGAUUCUUUCGAUCCAGAUGGAUGGUUUAAAACUGGUGAUAUUGGUGAAUGGACUAAAACUGGUCAAUUGAAAAUCAUUGAUCGUAAAAAGAAUUUAGUUAAAACUUUGAAUGGUGAAUAUAUUGCAUUGGAAAAACUGGAAUCAGUAUAUCGUUCAAAUACUUAUGUUCAAAACAUUUGUGUUUAUGCUGAUCAAAACCAUGCUAAACCAGUUGGUAUUGUUGUUCCAAAUGAAACUGCAAUCAAAUCAUUAGCUUUGGAAUUAGGUUUAAUCAAAUCUGAAAGUGAUGAUAUUCACAAGGCUUUACAUGAACCUAAAUUAGUUAAUAAAGUUUCAAAAGCUUUAGUUAGUACUGCUAAAUCUCAAGGUUUAAAUGGUAUCGAAUUAAUUGCUGGUUUAGUGUUCUCUGAUGAAGAAUGGACUCCACAAAAUGGAUUUGUUACAUCUGCACAAAAAUUACAAAGAAAGAAGAUUUUGGAAGCUAACAAGAAAGAAGUUGAUCAAGCUUAUGCUCGUUCUUGA